GCUAGCCUUUGCAUUCCACACUCCAAAUGCACAUUCAUCUUCACCAAUUUGUACAAAUAUAUCUGACAUACACUAAAACACACUCGUAAACCCCCCAAAGUCAUCAAUAUCUCUAAAAAUGCGCCGCCUCCCUGCCUGGUUCGUCCGCAGCGGCACCUCCACCGGCCUCCUCUUCCAUCGCGCUUCUCUCCCUCCCAUCCACGGCCAGUGGCAGCCCAUCCUCGCUCCUGCAAUGGGCUCUCCAGACCCGGUCUACGGUCGCCAGCUCAACGGCAUGGGCUCCGGCAUCUCCUCCACCUCCAAAGUCGUUGUCAUUGGUCCUCCUCCGUCCGGCUCCCGCCCAGCCUCCGGCCAUGGCUCCGAGGUGGGGCCGGGCGUGGACGCCGAAUUCACGUUUGUCCAGGUCGGCAUCCGAGACGGCUCUCUGGAUCUCGCCGGCACAUGCGGCAACAUGUCGGCCAUCGUCGGCCCUGCCGCCUGGGACAUGGGCAUCGUGCCGCCGUCUCGCAUCCCGUCUCUCGUGUCCUACGACGAGGCCACUCACUCGCGCUGGGCAACUCUCCGCAUCCUCAACACAAACACUUCCAAGAUUGUCGUCUCUCGCUUCAAGCUCGAAGGCGACCCUCCCAUGUACAACCCACAAGGGAACUACUCCAUGGACGGCGUCCCCGGCACGCAAUCCCCCAUCACGCUCAGCUUCUUGGAUCCCGCGGGUGCAAAGACAGGAAAGGCUUUGCCCACGGGGAAUCCCAUUGACGAAUUAACACUUGCCGAUGGAAGCACUGUCAAGGUCUCGCUAGUAGAUGUCAGCAACCCUGGCGUCUUCAUUACAACUUCAAGUCUCGGCCUCGACGAUGCCACAGCCGCAAAUCUCACCCCUGCCAUAGUUGAAGCAGAUGGCGCCCUCAAAACCCGCCUCGAAGAGAUCCGCCGAGCCGGCGCCUCAGCAAUGGGCCUCGAUCCUAAGAUUGAGAGUGUCCCCAAGGUCGUCAUGUUAUUGCCCCCCCGCGCCAGGAAGUCUUCCCAGAUCGACAUCCAGUGCCUCGCCAUGUCCAUGGGCCAGGCACACAAGGCCGCUCCCCUGACGUUAUCGCUGUGUCUGGGUGCGGCAUCGCAGCUUGACGGGACGAUUGCCGCGGGGCUCAUAGGUGGAGAGAAGAAGGAUGUUAUCAGGAUUGGGCAUCCGAGCGGCGUGGUGGACGUGGGUACGGCAGUGAGAAAUGGCAAGAUUGAAGAGGCGAAACUGCUACGGACGGCGCGAGUGUUGAUGAAAGGAGAUGUAUUUUAUUGAACAUGGUGGGAUAUAAGAUGUAACUCAUAUUAUCAAUAUGUCUUAAUUAGAAAGCGCAGCAUUAAAGACUUAACAGCCUCGG